ACUCAUCCUAUACAAUGUUGUAUGUUGUUGUUUGUCAAGCAUUGUUGUUUAGUGCCUGCAUCAGUGAAGCUAAGGUGAAGCUGCCGGAAAAGGCGGUUGUACCGGCGGUGUAUGCAUUUGGAGACUCAAUUGUGGAUCAAGGAAAUAAUAACUACUUAGCCACGACAGUCAAGUGUAAUUUUCCACCUUAUGGAAAGGACUUAAGGGAUAGCAUACCAACUGGAAGGUUUAGUAAUGCCAAGACGCCACCGGACUUGAUAGCUGAAGAACUGGGGAUCAAAGGGCUUAUUCCAGCUUAUUUGGAUCCAAAUCUAAAGGAUGAAGAUCUCAAAACUGGUGUAAGUUUUGCAUCUGGAGGCUGCGGAUAUGAUCCUCUAACAGGUUCUGCCCUGUCAAUCCUACAUCUAUCAGAUCAAUUAACUCUCUUCCAAGAAUACAUUGAGAAGCUAAAGAGCUUAGUUGGGAAACAAGAAGCCACACAUAUUUUAAACAACAGUUUUUAUAUGGUGGUUGCUGGUAGUAAUGAUUUUCUCAACAACUACUAUGUCACCGGAUUUCGAAAGCAUCAAUACGAUAUUAACUCCUAUAUCGAUCAUAUCGUGUCAUGGGCUUCAAAUUUCGUACAAGAAUUGUAUAAGUUGGGUGCAAGAAGAAUUGGGGUUAUGGGGCUUCCUCCAUUAGGAUGUGUGCCCUUUCAAAGAACACUACUAGGUGGAAUAAUAUCUAGAGUUUGUGUCGAUGAAUACAAUCAAGAUGCACAAUUGGCCAACACCAAAUUCGGAGUUGCAUUUGAAUUAUUAUCAAAAACAUUGCCUCAGUCCAAGUUGUUUUUCAUCGAUAUAUAUAAUCUUGUAACUGAUUUCAUUGUCAACAGUACAAAAUACGGUUUUGAAGAAAGUCGAGAAAGGGUGUUGUGGUACAGGAACGAUAGAGGUGAGCGCACUAUGCAACAAAUAUAGUGCAACAUGUGAAGAUGAUACGAAAUAUUUGUUCUGGGAUAGUU